AGUACAAUUUGGUACGGUGUCUGAAACAGUCGAACUUGGAGAGCCGCAAUGAAUCCUCUGCGCAGCCUGUGCGUUUUGGCCUGCCUCCUGGCGGUGGCCAUGGGUAAUCCCCAGACCGGAAACCGCUCCGGUCGCCGGUCCAACUCCCUGGACAACGUGGAGCAGCCGAGCAACUGGGUGAGCCCCCGCGAAAUCGAGAAUCUGCCCUCCCUCAAGCAGGUCACCCUCAACAAGCUGCAGGAGAUGAGCCUCGAGGAGGGUGCCACUCUGCUGGACAACCUCUAUCACCUGUCCCAGUUCAACCGCGUGUUCAAGCCCGAUUAUACCCCGGAACCCAGCCAAAUCAAGGGAUACAUUGUCGGCGAGCGCGGCCAGAAGAUCGAGUUCAACCUGAACACCUUGGUGGAGACCGUGAAGCGUCAGCAGAACUUCGGCGACGACGAGGUCACCAUUUUCAUCCAGGGCCUGCCCGAGUCGAACGCGCAGGUGCAGAAGGCCACCAGGAAGCUGGUGAAUGCCUACCAGCAGCGGUACAACCUCCAGCCCUAUCCCACCACCGAUUCGUCCAGCGAGGAGCAGCGCCAGAGGAGCAGCAGCGAGGAGCAGCCGCAGCAGCAGCAGAGCAGGAAGCAGAACGAUGACCAGGAGGACAAGAAGAGCGGUGACCUGAUCGUGAUCAAGCUGGGUAAUGCCAUCGAGGACUUCGAGCAGUUCGCCACCUUGAACAUUGAGCGCGUGGGCGAGAUCAUUGGCAACCGCCUGGUGGAGCUGACCAACACCGUUAAUGUGCCCCAGGAGAUCAUCCAUGUGAUUGGCUCCGGACCGGCUGCCCAUGUGGCCGGAGUCGCUGGUCGCCAGUUCACCCGCCAGACUGGACACAAGUUGCGCCGCAUCACCGCUCUGGAUCCCUCCAAGAUCUACGGCAAGCCCGAGGAGCGCCUGACCGGCUUGGCCCGUGGCGAUGCCGACUUCGUUGAUGCCAUCCACACCUCCGCCUACGGAAUGGGAACCUCGCUGCGUCUGGCCAAUGUGGACUUCUAUCCCAAUGGACCCUCGACCGGAGUGCCCGGUGCCGACAACGUUGUGGAGGCCUCCAUGCGUGCCACCCGCUACUUCGCGGAGUCAGUGCGUCCCGGCAACGAGAGGAACUUCCCCGCCGUGGCCGCCAGCUCGUACCAGGAGUACAAGCAGAACAAGGGCUAUGGCAAGCGCGCCUACAUGGGCAUCGCCACCGAUUACGAUCUCGAGGGCGACUACAUGCUGCAGGUGAACUCGAAGAGCCCCUUCGGCCGCAGCACUCCCGCCCAGACCCAGCGUGGCUACCACCAGGUGCACCAGCCGUGGCGCCAGACCAACUCCAACGGCCAGCAGUCCUCCUCCCGCCGCCAGUAGAUCGAAAUUGUGGUCGGGAUUGCGGACCAUGACGACCAGAUCGCACACCCCUCAUGCGAGCGAACCACCCAAAGCUCAUUCUCAUCCAAGUAACAUCCACUAUGUGUAAUUACGCUUCGUUUUUUAAUUCAAAAUAAAAAACCAUUGCAAUUUUUAAA